GAGUGCGAAUUGCUGUCAGAGACGCCCGGUGUUAAGUGUUGCGGCUAUUUUAAGCCUGUUUUGGGUAUGAAUCUUGAGAUAGCACAACAAGGGAAAUAUUUGGCGUAACCUCAUGUCAGGCUCUUUUAUUCUGGUUCAGUUUUGAAAGGUAAAAAACACCAACGCAAACUAAUCGGAGCAAGUGCUUGUUGCAUUCGGACGGUGAGAAGCGGCGUAGGGAGAAGGUGAGAUUGGGAGAGAGAGCGGCCGGAGGAGCGUCAAAGGCGGCUGAUGACUUCAGAGAAUAGUGGUCCACUACAGCAAACGGAGGAGGUCGAGUCGGCGUCAGUCAUACGGGAAAACGAGAACAGAACAUCUGAAGCCGGCAAAGACCAAGUCAGCAUGGUGACCACAAAGGGGGCCGGCCUGAAUCCCAAUGCAAAAGUCUGGCAGGAUGUUUCUGCUCCUCCCACCCAUAACCCUGAGGAGAUCACAGGGACCUCUCAUUGGCCACAGGCAGACCACACCGCCUCUGAGCACCCAGAAGGAUGCAAGGAAUACAAUAUUGGCUAUGGCAACUCUGAAACCAUCUCGCCUGUAGAGGGUACUCUGCUGAAUGGUAUAGAUCCAACAGAAGUGACCUACCCCUUGUAUGAACCAGUGGAGGGAGAGGCGGCUGAAGAGCAGCAACCCCUGUCUGAGGAGAGUCUGAAGGAGUCCCUGAAGAAGCAGCUGGAGUUCUGCUUCUCCAGGGAGAACCUCUCUAAAGACCUGUACCUGAUGUCUCAGAUGGAUAGCGAUCAGUUUGUGCCCAUAUGGACCAUUGCUAGCAUGGAGGGCAUUAAACUCCUCACUACUGAUAUGGAUUUGAUACUGGAGGUGCUGAGAGCGUCUCCCAUGGUGCAAGUUGAUGAGAAGGGUGAGAAGGUUCGGCCCAAUCACAAGCGUUGUAUCAUCAUUCUUCGAGAAGUACCUGAGACCACACCUGUGGAGGAGGUGGAGGCACUGUUUAAAAGUGACAAGUGUCCACAAGUCAUCAGCGUUGAAUUUGCUCACAAUAACAACUGGUACAUCACUUUCCAGUCUGAUACUGAUGCUCAACAGGCCUACAAAUACUUGCGUGAGGAAGUGAAAACCUUUCAGGAAAAGCCAAUCAUGGCUCGUAUCAAGGCCAUAAACACCUUCUUUGCUAAGACUGGCUACGGCGCUCCCGAUUCUGCGCUGUAUGCAGGUAGCCCUCAGUCUCAGUACUCCUCUCCAGUCUACCUGCAGCAACUGUACCAGCCACCCCAGUACCCCCUUUACAGCUUGCUCCCACACACCUGGAGCCCCUCCCCUACGCCCUACUUUGAGACACCGCUGGCGCCGUUUCCCAACAGCACGUUUGUUAAUGGCUUCAGCACGGCAGGAAGUUACAAGACUGGCUCGUCUCCCGUUGGCCUCGCGCGUCACUUCCCCCGCAACCGCCUUCCACUUUAUUCGAGAAAGAAUGUUAUCAAUGCCUUCAGAAACCAUGUAAAACCCCCAUCUCGUGGAGAUGGAGCUCAAGUGGUUCAAGAGGGUCUUUCAGGCACCGAUAGUCCCCAGGGCCACCGGACGCCUUCCUCAGCGCUGAGCUAUGAUGUGCCCUCCCUCAACCUUGGCGACACCCCUCUUUCUCCCAGCGAGAACUCUGAGCCUGCUGGUAGCAAUGGCCGUGCCAGGAGAGGAAGCUACCGAGGCAUGAGGCGCAGAAGGGAAGAUGAACGAAUGAGGCCCCUCCUCACUGAGGUCAAAACCCCACCUCCCAAGUUUGAUCUUGCAGCCUCCAAUUUCCCACCACUUCCAGGGGGAGUGGCUGGCAGCUUGCCAGGAGGAAUGAUCACACCAACUGAAACGGUUCUGGAAAAUUGUAUGGCUGAUGUUGUGAAAGGCAUUAACAGGGACAAGUUUGAAGCCAAUAAACAAGACAUGAAUAAGGAUUCACAAGCUCCACGGGUGGAUGUGCUUUUUGUCCCAAGCACACCAAAACCCACAGUUACACCGCAGGACACACCUGGCUCUAGUAUUGCAUAUCAAGCGAAAAUACCCGUCAGCGAAAUUCAGACCUCAAAAGAUGCUGUCCUGAAUUCUGCUCCUGUCACCAAAGAGCCAGCUUCACCUGCAUCUGCAUCCUCUCCAUCUGCUUCCAGCACACCUCUACAGGAACCGAGGAAGCUGAGUUAUGCCGAGGUGUGUCAGAAGCCACCCAAAGACCCACUACCCACACCACUACCACCUUCAAGCCCUGGCCCUUCCCCUACCACCAGCCAACCACUCAGAGAGCUUCGUGUCAACAAAGCCGAAGGCCCAGAACUGAGCAGCCCUAGCGAGAAGGUUGAAAAAGCAGGUGAAGGCGGCAGGCCUUCCCGUGAACAGGCUGGCCACCAGCGUGGCAAUGUGAACAGGGGGGCGAACUUUAAGCUUAGAGAGCAGCAGAGGCGGCCCCCUCCUCCAUGUCGACGCUCCCCCCCCCCGACAGGAUAUGGUAGACGCAGUGGGAAAGAGCAAAACAUCCCCCCCCGAUCGCCAAAGUAGCAUUGCAUAGGAUGCCUUUAUUACGUGUACACUUGGACGAAAUCUUUAUAUAUAUAAAAAUGUUUAUAUAUAUAAAAAUGUGUACAGAGUAUAUAAUUAAAUAUAUAUCUACUUAAUGAAACUGCGCAAAUAGUUGCACUACGUUGUUGAUGGACACAGUUCUGGCCAGUAAAGCAUGAUCUGUCUGCAAAAAAAAUGGUGGGUUGGAAGAGACACACAAUGAAGAGGACUCAGUAAUGAUAAAUUGCCAUGACUACAGCAGUAGAUUGCCUGUGUGAUUUGAGCAAAUUUUUUGGGUGUUCCUGAGCACCACUGUACAAUGCUGUAUGGUUCCUGUUCAUAUUUCUAAACUAUAUAAGAGAAAUAUGGACAAGUCAACACAGCAUCUCCAUAUGCAACAGGAAGAGACUGGAUGAUCUGACAAAGCUGCUCCUCCCUAGUCCAGACGCAUGCAGGUGUGUGCGUGUCAGAACUACGUUAUUUUGUGUAAUAGAAAAGCAACAGAUGAAAUGGACAGAAUUGAAGAAUGAUUUAACUCAGGGAGAAGCUGAACUGGAAGACUUUGUCAGGCUUCAGGGAAGAAGUAUGAAUCACCUGAAUGAAGGAGGAGAGCACUUGUAAUGUGGUAUGUUUUCCACUUUGUGUUGUCUGCUUUAUGUGCCAUUGAGUGUUUUCAGAGACUGGACUCGACCAUGUAAGGGGUCAGGAUGUAGCUCUCACUUACACUGUCAUGCUGGAAAGAGAUUUAAUGAAAUGAUGACCGUUUGGUUUUUUUUCCAGUUUUGAGGAAGUGAUGGAAUGUCUUCCCUGUCUGAUCAGGUGGUGUUGGGUUUGAGCGAUACAUAUUUCAUCCUCUGCUGUAAUAUAGUUAUGAUUACAGAGCUGGGUGUGACUUUAAUACCUGCUCUCAUAUCAUUAUACAUGUCCAGUCUAACUGAUUGAGCCAGUACAUGUGUUUUUGAAUGGGUAUAAAAUGUGUAUAAAUACAGUGUGUCUGUACAUUUUUGGCUAAAUAACUGCCUGUGUG